UAUAUAUAUAUACACAAGGGGUGUAUGAAAAGUUUUGAGCCUAACCUAGAAACGGGGCUGCUAUAUAGCUGAAACAAUUUUUUUCUGAUUUUUGAAUAAACAAGCUUCGAGUUUACAAGGAAAAUGGUGAAAAAUGAGUAUCGUGCUGUCAUAAAGUACCUUCAUUUGAAAGGCAUGACUCCAUCAGAAAUCCAUGAAGAUAUGGUGAGAACCUUAACAGACAAUUCUCCUUCAUAUGCAACAGUCAAACGCUGGGUAAAUGAAUUCAAACGUGGCAGGGAGAGUGUGGAAGAUGAUCCCAGACAAGGGAGACCUCCAACCGUAACCACAAAGGACAACCUUGACCUUGCUCUUGGUACGAUAAUACAAGAUCGCCGAAUAUCAUGUCGUCAGAUAGCCGAGAGACUGAGCAUCUCAACCGAAAGAGCAGACAACAUUGUGACAAAAGAACUUGGGUUCUCAAAGGUUUCUGCAAGGUGGGUCCUUCGCCUUUUGACUCCUGAACAGAAACGUACCAGGUUUACUUUGUCCACAAGCAAUCUGGAACUUUUUAAAGCCGAUGAAGAGAAUUUUCUUGCUCGUUUCAUUACUAUGGACGAAAGUUGGGUUCAUCACUACCAGCCUGAAACCAAAGAACAAUCAAAGCAAUAGAAACACACAUCUUCUCCUACCCCAAAGAAGGCCAGGGUCAUUCCUUCAGCUGGCAAGGUCAUGGCGUCCGUCUUUUGGGAUUCUCAAGGCGUCUUGCUGAUUGAUUACCUUGAAAAGAGUCACACCGUGACAGGGAUGUAUUAUUCUC